AUGGCGGACGAGGAUGGCGACGACGUCGACGACUGCACGUUGGUCAUGUUCGCGCUCGCUCUCUUCUUCACCUCCAUUCCCGUCCAGCAGCGCCCCAUCCCGAGCAUCGAAGUGCAGAUCAACUCGACCCGAACCGUUUGGUCCCGAGACCCAACGCUCAACGCUAAGGUGCACGCGGAGCAGGUCACAACAGAGGCCCUGGUCUUCUGGGGCAUGGCCCUCCCUGUAGCGGUUAAUCUGCUCAUGAACUACGUGUUCCCGAGAGCUUGGAGAGUGCGUCUCCUGCUAACCGAGUUUACCAAGAACUUAACUGGUCGAUUCCGUCCAAGCUUCCACGACAUGUGCAAGUGGCAGUACGAUAUCGUGUGGGAUGGAAUCGCGAACUUGUGUACUGACCCUGCCGGUGAAAAGGAAGGCCGCAAGAGCUUCCCAUCCGGUCAUGCUUCGUUUGCGUGGUCUACGAUGCUCGUUCUUACGCUCUAUUUAUUGGGACGAUCGCGUCUGAAUUGCAAAAACCGAAGUGAGUCUGCACUGCGAGGCGGUCGCAAAAUGCUCAAGCUGGUGCUCUGCUUCCUCCCGUCCUUCGUGGCGGCGUGGGUGGCGAUCACGCGCUCCAUCGACAACUGGCACCACUACAGUGACAUUUUGGCAGGCAGUAUCAUUGGUGCGCUCUCCGCUUGCGUUGCAUACAGCUACAACUACGGCUCAGUGUUCAGCUGGGACUCCGCUGGCCUCCCGCGCCAAGCUUGGCAUCGGCGGCGGCAGCUUGCCAAUCGGUAA